AUGACAAAUACUUCAAGUACUUCCGAUAUACCAUUUACCGAUACACAAGUAAUCUACUUUGUAAUUUUUCAAGGUAUAUUUACAGCCUUGACGAUCUUCUAUUUCUUGCAAGCUCAAGGACAAUAUUUUAGAAAGAGUAAAAGUACGUCACAUGGAAGUGCAUAUGAAAAAUAUACACUCGAGAAAGAAUUAAUUAAAGAAGCUGAACAGAGAAAAAAAAACUUGAAAAGAACAUUAUUUACUACUGUUAUAAUUGCUUAUUUUCUUAAAAUUCAAAAUAAGUACCUUCGAAAAUCUAUUAAUGAAAAAAAUGAUUUAAACCGAAAUUAUCGAAAAGAAAAGAUUCAAGACGAUGAUAUUUUAAACAAGAUUUCAUCAAAGUUUUUUGGUGAAAAUUCUGCUACGAAAAUAAAAGAAUAUAUUGCUUUCUCAA